GUGGCGGCGAGAGAAAAAGACGGAGAGGGAAGCAGCAGGAAGACUUGGACAAAGGCAGCGGGAUCUACUUCACAUUUAGGAAAGGCCUGGCCUGCGAAGGGCAAGGCAUUUUAACCCUAAGGUAACCAUGUCUGCCAAAGCAAUUUCUGAACAAACAGGGAAGGAGUUUUUGUAUAAAUACAUCUGCACGUCUUCAGCCGUCCAGAAUCGCUUCAAAUAUGCCAAAGUAACACCUGAUACUGACUGGGAUCGGCUCGUCCAAGAUCAUCCCUGGUUAUUGACUGAGCGUCUUGUGGUGAAACCUGAUCAGCUGAUAAAACGUCGCGGUAAACUUGGCUUGGUCGGUGUGGAUCUUAGUUUAGAUCAAGUGAAAGCCUGGCUGAAACCACGCCUUCAAAAAGAAGCUACAAUUGCUAAAGCUAAGGGCAUCCUAAAGAACUUCUUGAUAGAACCUUUUGUUCCACAUAAACAGACAGAGGAGUUCUAUGUAUGUAUUUAUGCAGCUCGUGAAGGAGACUAUGUGCUGUUUCACCACCAGGGUGGUGUGGAUGUGGGGGAUGUGGAUGCCAAAGCUCAGAAGUUGCUGGUGCACGUGGACUGCAAGCUGAGUGAAACUGAUAUCAAGAAACAUCUCUUGGUGCAUGCUCCACUGGAUAAGAAAGACAUCUUGGCAAGCUUCAUCUUUGGACUCUUCAACCUUUAUGAAGAUUUAUAUUUUACGUAUCUGGAAAUCAAUCCACUAGUUGUAACUGCAGGUGGUGUUUACGUACUAGACCUGGCUGCAAAAAUUGAUGCCACAGCUGAUUACAUCUGCAAAGUGAAAUGGGGUGAUGUGGAAUUCCCUCCUCCCUUUGGAAGGGAAGCUUAUCCAGAGGUGACACCAUUUGUGACCUUGGUGGGGUGAAUGAACUAGCCAACUACGGUGAAUACUCUGGAGCUCCUAGUGAACAGCAGACCUAUGAUUAUGCAAAGACCAUCCUCUCCCUCAUGACACGAGAAAAACACCCAGAAGGCAAAAUCCUAAUCAUUGGAGGAAGCAUUGCUAAUUUUACCAAUGUAGCUGCCACUUUUAAGGGUAUUGUUAGGGCCAUUAGAGAUUAUCAAGGACCUCUCAAGGAGCAUGAAGUGAGGAUUUUCGUGAGGAGAGGUGGCCCCAAUUACCAGGAAGGCUUGCGUGUCAUGGGGGAAGUAGGAAAAACUACUGGCAUUCCUAUCCAUGUCUUUGGUACGGAGACUCACAUGACUGCCAUUGUUGGAAUGGCAUUGGGGCACCGGCCCAUUCCAAACCAGCCACCUACUGCUGCCCACACAGCAAACUUCCUCCUUAAUGCCAGUGGCAGUUCCUCGACCCCAGCACCAAGCAGAACUGCAUCAUUUUCUGAAGGCAAAUCUGAUGAAUUUGCUCCAGCUAAGAAAGCCAAGCACACAAUAUCUCCUGAUACAUCCCCAUCUCCAAGACGUGUUCCAGGAAAAGCUACAACUUUGUUCAGUCGUCACACCAAGGCAAUUGUGUGGGGAAUGCAGACUCGGGCUGUGCAAGGCAUGCUGGAUUUUGAUUACGUCUGUUCAAGGGAUGAGCCUUCAGUGGCUGCCAUGGUUUAUCCAUUCACAGGUGACCACAGACAAAAAUUUUACUGGGGUCACAAAGAGAUACUCAUUCCUGUAUUCAAGAAUAUGGCAGAUGCCAUGAAGAAACACCCAGAAGUGGAUGUGUUGAUAAACUUUGCCUCUCUCCGCUCAGCAUAUGAUAGCACCGUAGAGACUAUGAAUUACCCUCAGAUCCGUACAGUGGCCAUCAUUGCAGAAGGGAUUCCUGAGGCCUUGACCCGCAGGUUGAUCAAAAUGGCAGAUGAGAAAGGAGUCACGAUUAUUGGACCAGCAACGGUGGGUGGAAUUAAACCCGGCUGUUUUAAGAUUGGAAAUACAGGAGGAAUGUUGGAUAACAUUCUGGCAUCAAAACUGUAUCGCCCUGGUAGUGUAGCUUACGUCUCCCGCUCAGGAGGGAUGUCCAAUGAGCUCAACAACAUUAUCUCCAGGACCACAGAUGGAGUCUUUGAAGGUGUAGCCAUUGGUGGAGAUAGAUAUCCUGGUUCUACCUUUAUGGAUCAUGUACUACGUUACCAGGAUACUCCAGGGGUGAAGAUGAUUGUAGUGCUAGGAGAAAUUGGAGGAACAGAAGAAUACAAAAUCUGUAAGGGUGUUAAAGAAGGCCGGAUCACUAAACCUGUUGUGUGCUGGUGCAUUGGAACAUGUGCUACUAUGUUCUCUUCUGAGGUACAAUUUGGCCAUGCUGGAGCAUGUGCCAAUCAGGCUUCUGAAACUGCUAUAGCCAAGAAUAAAGCAUUAAAAGAAGUGGGCGUCUUUGUACCACAAAGCUUUGAUGAGCUGGGUGAUGUAAUCCAGUCAGUGUAUGAGGAUCUGGUUUCUAAGGGAGUAAUUGAGCCAGCACAGGAAGUUCCUCCUCCAACUGUGCCAAUGGAUUACUCAUGGGCAAGGGAGCUUGGUUUAAUUCGGAAACCAGCUUCUUUCAUGACCAGCAUUUGUGAUGAGCGAGGUCAGGAACUGAUCUAUGCAGGCAUGCCAAUCACUGAGGUCUUCAAGGAAGAUAUGGGGAUUGGUGGUGUGUUGGGUCUGCUGUGGUUCCAGAGAAGGUUGCCUAAAUAUGCCUGCCAGUUUAUAGAGAUGUGUCUGAUGGUGACAGCUGAUCAUGGUCCAGCAGUGUCAGGAGCCCAUAACACUAUUGUUUGUGCAAGAGCUGGAAAGGACCUUGUCUCCAGUCUUACAUCAGGCCUACUCACAAUCGGUGAUCGUUUUGGUGGUGCUUUGGAUGCAGCAGCAAAAAUGUUCAGCAAAGCAUUUGACAGUGGUAUCAUUCCCAUGGAGUUUGUGAACAAGAUGAAGAAGGAAGGGAAAUUAAUCAUGGGCAUUGGCCACCGCGUUAAAUCAAUCAACAACCCAGAUAUGAGAGUUCAGAUCCUUAAAGAUUAUGUGAAGCAGCAUUUUCCUGCAACGCCUCUUCUAGAUUAUGCAUUGGAAGUGGAAAAAAUUACUACUUCCAAGAAACCUAACCUUAUCCUGAAUGUUGAUGGAUUUAUUGGUGUAGCCUUUGUUGAUGUACUUAGGAACUGUGGUUCUUUUACACGGGAAGAAGCUGAUGAAUAUAUAGACAUUGGUGCCCUCAAUGGCAUUUUUGUGCUUGGUAGAAGCAUGGGUUUCAUUGGACAUUAUCUGGAUCAGAAAAGAUUGAAACAAGGUCUGUAUCGUCAUCCUUGGGACGAUAUCUCUUAUGUCUUACCGGAGCAUAUGACUAUGUGAAAACUGAAUGGAAUAAAACAACUGGCUUUUAUGGAAGACCAAUAAAUAUGACUACAUUAUAUGGCUUGGUUGCAAAACAGACUGAGUUGAAAUUCUAUAUAAGGCUUUUCUGGCUUAGAAGUGGAUUCCAUAAUGAUAAACCAAAACAUUCGCUACUUCCUGUUGUAUUUAAUAUAUUAAAGAAGUUGCACUGUCUUUGCUUGUUCCUUUAUGCAUGUUUUUUUUUGUCUUCCUCCCCUCACUUCAGUAAUUCUGACCAAAUGUUAAUGCUUUUUAUUUUAAUCUGGGACCUCAUUAGACUUGAAAAGCUAGAGUGAGUCAAAUGGACCUGUAUGAUCAAAAUCUUAAAAACUCUCCUUAAAAGCUGUGUAUAAUUUUGUGACAAAUUUGUCCUGUCUGUAUCUUGUAUUUUAUAUUAAUCAUUAGUCUUUAUUUCUGGUCUGAGGGACUUAUACCUGAUUUGAUCAGCCUUUAUAAACCUGGUAUAAUAUUUAAAAAUGUAAAGCUGAUAACAUAAGCUCAUGUCCAAAAGUGCGAACUUUGUGUGCAUUCCAAUUGUUGCAUUUAUGCAGGUAAUAUUUUUAGUUGCACAAACACAAGUCCUACUAUUUUUGCAGACAGUGAUCUCUCAAUAUAUCUGUAUGCACAAGACACUUCAUCUCUGGCUCUUUAAUGUAUUCACAACAAUAUUCAGUGCUUUGUUUAUGUAUCACAACCUGACUCAAAUAAAAACGUACAAUAAUAAA